AUGGCCUCCGUAGUGAAGUACAUACUUGGUGAUCCCAAGCUUGAGAAGCUUAUAAAUGCAAAAGACAAGUACGGAAAUACACCUCUCCAUGUAGCCACAAUACAAUGGCAACUCGAGGUUUGGCUCUCUCUCACCCGGGACAAAAGAGUCAAUCUUGAGCUUGUAAACCACAACAACUUCACGGCUCUCAACAUUGUAGAUGAGGAACUGAGAGAAAUCGAUGCUCCACUUCACCUGAGGUUAACACGGACAAUCUUAAUAUCUGCCAAAGCACCCAGAAGCAAAGACAAAGCAAUUUCACAGACAAUAAGCUUAGGCCAGCAGAGAGAGCCUCCAGACAUAGAUACACUAAAGAGGCGUGCCGAAGUCCGUAUCGUUAUGGCAACGCUCAUUGCUAGUGUGACAUUCACCGCUGGCUUUUCUGUUCCCGGAGGAUAUAAUAGCUCUGAACCAAAUGCAGGAAUCGCUACAUUGUUGAACAAACCGAUCUAUGACGUCUUUGUGAUCUGCAACUCCAUCGCCUUGUACAACUCGAUAAUUGCAGCUGUGAUCCUUCUUUGGAUGCAGAUGGAUGAUUCACAUGCGACACCUCAUACCCUUAGAUAUGCGAGGCUACCGCUGCUCAUAGCUCUUGUCACAAUGUCCGUGACCUACAUGGUGGGGGUCUAUAUGACCAUAAGCAAACGCACUUGGAUCGCGGUUGUUGCCUUAAUCGUUGGAAUCACUGCCCUCUUCAUUGUGUUGAUUCUUUACAUUGCCUUCUUCAUAACACUUGGAUCCAAUUCUCGUAUUUUACAGCUCUUCACCGACUACAUCAUUAGAGCUGCUAUAUUAAUUUCAAGGAGCGGGACCAAAGGAGCUUCCCAGAAGUACUACUUUGCAGGAACCAAAACAUUAAAAACUCAUAGUGACACCAGACUACUGAAAGAUGAAGGACGUGAACACGCUCCUCCCCGUUCUCCUGCUCCAUUCUCUGCUCCCUAUCCACCCUCUCCACCCCGUUCACCUGCUCCACCCCCUGCACUUUGUCCACCCUCUCCACCUAAACGACCCCGUAGACACCCUCCACCCCGUCAACCCUUUCCAGCCGGUCCACCACCGCUCCUUUCUACCGCUUCACCCUUAGACAUACGUCUCCCGUAG